GCCGUGGAUUCCCUCGAGCAGUCCCAUCUGGCCGCCAUCCUCCCAGAUCGAGUUUCCCCUUUUUUUUGUGCAGCUCACCAUCUCCCCCUGCGCGCGCUGGCUAGAUGCCAUUCGAGCUCCGGUCUGCAACUCCCUCUCGCUGCUUACCUUGAACGCCGGAGCUCCAAGGCCGCACCCCCGUCCCCAUGGCUGACCAGCAAACUUCGAUGGUCGAGCCCUCUAACACUUCCCUCUCCCAUGGCGUGGCUGCCCCAUGGAUGAAGCCCCAGUUUACCAGCAUCCUCUCUGCUCUAUGGCCGAGGGCCCAUUUCCCUAGCACCCUCCUCGCAUGGGCAGGCUGCAGGUGCCCGACAAAAUGCCCGUGAGAGGCUUGGUGUUGGGGACAGCCCCGCCCACGACGUCGUCGACCCUCGGACCGAGAGGUGACGACCGUGCAAGCGAUGUGGCGACAACCACAAGAUGCAGUUGGUGGACGUACUGAAGGAUGGUGGACUUAACCAGUGGAUGCUCGCCGAGCGAGUACCUCCCCCAGCAAACACUACCUAAGUGUUAAAUUAAAGGCAAGCUCCGGUUUUAUGCAUAACCGUUAUAUAUAUGCUAUUUCACUACACUUAAUGUUUGUAGGCUUGUACUGUGCACUUAAGUGUAGGAGUUGACUGAAACCCUAGUUGCAUGAACUCAGGAUUCCCUUUGAGAUGGAUACUAGUAUGCUAGGUCGAGUAGCUGCUUUGCUAAUUAGGGAUCUCGGUAGAAGUCGAGUGAUUUUUCUAGCACUCGCGCGAGGUCAGGAAUUGGUUGUAUCCCCUUUGAUAACAGAAUGAUGAUGGUCUGUGGACACGGGUCCAUGGGGACGCGUGGUCUACGAGAUGAAAAUUGGAAUAAGGAUUAAGGUGUGGUACCGUGUGUCAAGCGUUUGAACGUACUAAACGCAUGCCGAGAAAUAUGGUAAAUCGGUAAGCCUAGUACCUGAUUGAACCUGGCAGUAGACUUUGCCCCUCACGCGACCUAAGACGUGGUCUCCCAUUCCGGUUAUGGUGGGUACAAGUGCGGUCACUGCACGACGGCAGUCGGGGUCAGUGAGGCAUUGUAUGCCAAGGCGGUGAGCCCUGAUCUGCUGACGGGGAAUCGAUGGGGACGGUUGAUGUGUGUGGGGACGGAGUGCCCCUACAUGUCGUGUGUUUAGGUUUACCUUGCAAGGUUUAAAAACUCGAUUCGAAUCGUCUGCUUCUCGCAGCUAAUGAGACUGCUUGAUCCAUGCUGCUACAUUGAGUAACAAGUGGAAUUGUGAUGAGAUGAUAUAAGAUGUUGAUUGCUAAAAAUGUUUGCUACUAUGUAUGAAUAGAUAGUACAUCUUUAGCCUUAAGAGAGUCACACUUAAUUUGAGAAAGUUAAAAACUUGAUUUAGAAACUCAGCUAGUGCUUUUGGCAACCAAACCCCACAGCCAAACAGCUGCAUGUCUAGAGGUAGAGGAGUAGACUCCUCACACCAGGUAAGUCUAGCUGAGUAUUAGUAUACUCAGCCUUGCUUGUGGCAUAAUUUUUGCAGGUACUCCUUAGGAUGAUUGGUUGAUGGUGUGACUUGGCCUUCAUCCCUGCCACCGGGAUAGAUGGUCGAGUGGGUUACUGCUUCCGCAGGAGAGGACCAGGAGGAGUAGCGUGGCCAGGCUUCGCCAUGUUACUCGGGUUUCUCCGUUAGUUAUUUCCGCUGCAUUAAAAUUUAUGGUAAUUAUUUCUAAAACUCCGAUAAUGUAAUCACUAAUUAUACUUAUUAAAUUUGUGGUAUUAUGUUUUAUUGUAUUUCUCUGUGCCUCACCUUCGAGUGAGCUAGUGGUAUUCGAUCCUGGUAAGUGGCUUUAUCGGACUAGAUCCGAGGGACUGACGAGUUAUUCCUGUUUAAGUGCGUUGCUGCCCUUAAGGGUGCGACUUGGGCACUUAAGCUGGAAUAAUUCGGGCGGUUCCGCCACACCCAGUGCCAUGCGGGACUUCAUGACCGCAUGCGACUACUGCCUUUCCGACUGUUUCGACGGUAGCCGCAGCCUCGGCGACGAGGACUGCGGCCCAAGUCGUGAAUGUUUCCACGUCGAUCUAGGGGGUCCCGGCGAAGGUAACCAUCUUGGUAUACCGGAGAACGGUGAUCCCCCUAGGCCUGCGCCUCACGUUGACAUCCUACGGGAGCUAGCUGUGGUCCCAGUCCCUGCGGGGGGUCAGGACUCACAGCUCAAGCAAAUCCGCGAGAUGCAGGCCAGGCUCGACGAGGGAGCAGGAACACUUGAGCCGUUCCGUCGGGACAUCGGGCAGGAAUGGGCAGGCCAACCUCCGACCGGAGAAGCGCGUCAUCUACCCCAGGGCAUCCAACACCGCAUCGCCGACGAUGUCAGGGCAAGGCCGCCACCGGCUUCCAGCGGGGUCGGCCAGAACCUGGCUGCAGCGGCAAUACUUCUCCGCGCGAUGCCGGAACCAUCAACCACUGAGGGGCGGCGUAUCCAGGGAGAGCUCAAGAAUCUCCUGGAGGAUGCCGCGGUCCGACGGGCCGAAAGCUCUGCCUCCCGAAGGCAGGGGUACCCCUCGGAGCAUCGCGCCGCGACUUCCCGAUUCAUGCGGGAAGCCUCGGUCCACACCGGGCGCACGCGCAACACAGCGCCUGCAGCCCCGGGUCACCUCGGCAACGAGCACCAUCACCGCAACCGCCGAGCCCACCUCGACGAGAAGGUGCGCCGAGGCUACCACCCCAGGCGUGGGGGACGCUACGACAGCGGGGAGGAUCGGAGUCCCUCGCCCGAACCACCUGGUCCGCAGGCUUUCAGCCGGGCCAUACGACGGGCGCCGUUCCCGACCCGGUUCCGAACCGCGACUACUAUCGCAAAGUACUCGGAGGAGACGAGGUCAGAACUGUGGCUCGCGGACUACCGGCUGGCCUGCGACCUGGGUGGAACGGACGAUGACAACCUCAUCAUCCGCAACCUCCCCCUGUUCCUCUCCAACACCGCUCGAGCCUGGCUGGAGCAUUUGCCUCCGGGGCAGAUCUCCAACUGGGACGACCUGGUCCAAGCCUUCGCCGGCAACUUCCAGGGCAUGUACGUGCGCCCUGGGAACUCCUGGGAUCUCCGAAGCUGCCGCCAGCAGCCGGGAGAGUCUCUCCGGGACUACAUCCAGCGAUUCUCGAAGCAGCGCACCGAGCUGCCCAACGUCACUAACUCGGAUGUCAUCGGCGCGUUCCUCGCUGGCACCACCUGCCGCGACCUGGUGAGCAAGCUGGGUCGCAAGACCCCCACCAGGGCGAGCGAACUGAUGGACAUCGCCACCAAGUUCGCCUCUGGCUAGGAGGCGGUUGAGGCCAUCUUCCGGAAGGACAAGCAGCCCCAGGGCCGCCAGCCGGAAGAUGUCCCCGAGGCGUCCACUCAGCGCGGCACCAAGAAGAAAGGCAAGAAGAAGUCGCACGCGAAACGCGACGCCGCCGAUGCGGACCUUGUCGCUGCCGCUGAGUACAAGAACCCUCGGAAACCUCCCGGAGGCGCCAAUCUCUUCGACAAGAUGCUCAAGGAGUCGUGCCCCUAUCAUCAGGGGCCCGUCAAGCACACCCUUGAGGAGUGCGCCAUGCUUCGGUGCCACUUUCACAAAGUCGGGCCACCUGCGGAAGGUGGCAGGGCCCACAACGACGAUAAGAAGGAGGAUCACAAGGCAGGAGAGUUCCCCGAGGUCCGCGACUGCUUCAUGAUCUACGGUGGGCAAGUGGCGAACACCUCGGCUCGGCACCGCAAGCAAGAGCGUCGGGAGGUCUGCUCGGUAAAGGUGGCGGCGCCAGUCUACCUAGACUGGCCCGACAAGCCCAUCACCUUCGACCAGGGCGACCAUCCCGACUGCGUGCCAAGCCCGGGGAAAUACCCGCUCGUCGUCGACCCCGUCAUCGGCAACGUCAGGCUCACCAAGGUCCUAAUGGACGGAGGCAGCAGUCUCAACAUCAUCUACGCCGAGACCCUCGGGCUCUUGCGGAUCGAUCUGUCCUCGGUCCGGACAGGCGCGACGCCUUUCCACGGGAUCAUCCGCGGGAAACGCGUCCAGCCCCUCGGACAACUCGAUCUACCCGUCUGCUUCGGCACUCCCUCCAACUUCCGAAGGGAAACCCUCGCGUUCGAGGUGGUCGGGUUCCGAGGAACCUACCACGCAGUGUUGGGGAGGCCAUGCUACGCCAAGUUCAUGGCCGUCCCCAACUACACCUACCUCAAGCUCAAGAUGUCGGGCCCCAACGGGGUCAUCACCGUCGGCCCCACGUACCGACACGCGUACGAAUGCGACGUGGAGUGCGUGGAGUACGCCGAGGCCCUCGCCGAAUCUGAGGCCCUCAUCGCCGACCUGGAGAGCCUCUCCAAGGAGGCGCCAGACGUGAAGCGCCAUGCCGACAACUUCGAGCCAGCGGAGACGGUUAAGUCCGUCCCUCUCGACCCCAGCAACGACGCCUCCAAGCAGAUCCGGAUCGGCUCCGAGCUCGAUCCCAAAUAGGAAGCAGUGCUCGUCGACUUUCUCUGCGCAAACGCCGAUGUUUUCGCAUGGAGUCCCUCAAACAUGCCCGGCAUACCAAGGGAUGUCGCCGAGCACUCGCUGGAUAUCCGAGCUGGGGCCCGACCCGUGAAGCAGCCUCUGCGCCGAUUCGACGAAGAAAAGCGCAGAGCCAUAGGCGAGGAGAUCCACAAGCUAAUGGCGGCAGGGUUCAUCAAAGAGGUAUUCCAUCCCGAAUGGCUUGCCAACCCUGUACUGGUGAGAAAGAAAGGAGGGAAAUGGCGGAUGUGCGUAGACUACACUGGUCUAAACAAAGCAUGUCCAAAAGUUCCCUACCCUCUGCCUCACAUCGAUCAAAUCGUGGAUUCCACUGCUGGGUGCGAAACCCUGUCUUUCCUCGAUGCCUACUCAGGGUAUCACCAAAUCCGGAUGAAGGAGUCCGACCAGCUCGCGACUUCUUUCAUCACACCUUUUGGCAUGUACUGCUACGUUACCAUGCCGUUUGGUUUGAGGAAUGCGGGUGCGACAUACCAAAGGUGCAUGAACCACAUGUUCGGCGAACACAUUGGUCGAACGGUCGAGGCCUACGUCGAUGACAUCGUAGUCAAGACGAGGAAAGCCUCCGACCUCCUUUCCGACCUUGAAACGACAUUCCGGUGUCUCAAGGCGAAAGGCGUAAAGCUCAAUCCCGAGAAGUGCGUCUUCGGGGUUCCCCGAGGCAUGCUCUUGGCGUUUAUCGUCUCCGAGCGGGGCAUCGAGGCCAACCCGGAGAAAAUCGCGAACAUCACCAACAUGGGGCCCAUCAAGGACUUGAAAGGCGUACAGAGGGUCACGGGAUGCCUUGCGGCUCUGAGCCGUUUCAUCCCGUGCCUCGGCGAAAGAGGCCUGCCUCUGUACCGCCUCUUAAGAAAGGCUGAGUGCUUCACUUGGACCCCUGAGGCCGAGGAAGCCCUCGGGAACCUGAAGGCGCUCCUCACGAACGUGCCCAUCUUGGUGCCCCCCGCGGCCGGAGAAGCCCUCUUGAUCUACGUCGCCGCUACCACUCAGGUGGUCAGCGCCGCGAUCGUGGUUGAGAGACGAGAAGAGGGGCAUGUAUUGCCCAUCCAGAGGCCAGUCUACUUCAUCAGUGAGGUACUGUCCGAGACCAAGAUCCGCUACCCCCAAAUUCAGAAGCUGCUGUACGCGGUGAUCCUGACGCGGCGGAAGUUGCGACACUACUUCGAGUCUCAUCCGGUAACUGUGGUGUCAUCCUUCCCCCUGGGGGAGAUCAUCCAGUGCCGAGAAGCCUCAGGUAGGAUUGCAAAGUGGGAAGUGGAAAUCAUGGGCGAGACAAUCUCGUUCGCCCCUCAGAAGGCCAUCAAGUCCCAAGUCUUGGUGGACUUUGUGGCUGAAUGGGUCGAUACCCAGCUCCCAACAGCUCCGAUCCAACCGGAACUCUGGACCAUGUUUUUCGACGGGUCGCUGAUGAAGACAGGGGCAGGCGCGGGCCUGCUCUUCAUCUCGCCCCUCGGGAAGCACCUACGCUACGUGCUACGCCUCCACUUCCCGGCGUCCAACAAUGUGGCUGAGUACGAGGCUCUGGUCAACGGGUUGCGCAUCGCCAUCGAGCUAGGGGUCCGACGCCUCGACGCUCGCGGUGACUCGCAGCUCGUCAUCGACCAAGUCAUGAAGAACUCCCGCUGCCGCGACCCGAAGAUGGAAGCCUACUGCGAUGAGGUUCGGCGCCUGGAAGACAAGUUCUACGGGCUCGAGCUCAACCACAUCGCCCGACGAUACAACGAGACUGCGGAUGAGCUAGCUAAGAUAGCCUCGGGGCGGACAACGGUUCCCCCGGACUUCUUCUCCC